UGACAGAAAGUGCAAAUGGCAGCUCUAAAUAAAAUGAGAGAAAUGUAUCCUUGCUGGUAUAUAUCUCUUUUAAUUAUAUCAGAUGAGAGCAGAACUACAGCCCAGGGCAAAUUCACCAUACUGUCAGGAGCGUCUUUCAGUCCGGCUUUGCAAGAUAAAUCAUCAACAGCCUUUAAAGCUCUUGCCUUUGAUGUUCAGCAAAUGGUGGAUGAUAUAUUUCAGUCAAGUGAACUUCAAAAUGACUACAAGGACUGUAAAAUACUGCAAUUCAGAAAUGGCAGCAUUAUUGUACUAUUCAACCUUUUCUUUGUACAAUGGGUGUCUGAUGUAACAAUAAAGAAUGAACUUGCAUUGGGCAUUGAAAGAAAUAAAAGUGAUCUUCUGCAGACUCUCAGCAUUGAUGUGAACAGCAUAGAAAUAACAGAUUCAGGAAUGUUUAGCACAAACAGCCCAUUGACAACAUCAGGAGUUACAACAUUCUGAAUAAUGCCAUCCUCCUUUUAAAAACUUAUUUUAGUGAAAUGCUUACCUCUUGAUGAGCUUUGUGCUGAUGGUGUAAGCUGCAUAAGAAGGGAAUCAUUUUGUGAUGGAAUACCAAACUGCCCAGAUGGUUCGGAUGAAAACGAAAAAACAUGUGCUACAUCCUGUGAUGGAAAAUUUAUUUUGACUGGCUCCUCUGGAUCUUUCCACUCUAUUCAUUAUCCAGAGCCUUAUAUUUCAAACCUUGCUUGCCGAUGGAUUAUACAUGUAAAUCAAGAACUGUCUAUUAAGCUGAAUUUCAGUGCUUUUGAUACACAACAGUACGCAGACACUCUAAGUAUUUAUGAAGGUGUAGGCCCAGAGAAGGUUUUAAGAGGUUUCCUCUCAGGUUCUAAUCCUGGUACAAUUAACAUAUUUUCUAAUAAAGCCACGGUAGAAUUUGUCACAGACUAUGCUGAAAAUUAUAAUGGCUUUAAUGCAACCUACACUGCAUUUAGCACAAGUGAACUCACAAACAGUCAGAAACUUAGCUGCACUUUUGAAGAUGGCUUUUGUUACUGGAUUCAAGAUUUAGAUGACGAUGAUGAAUGGGCAAGAAUUAGUGGUCCCACAUUCCCUAUUACAUCUGGCCCUAACUUUGAUCAUACAUUUGGCAAUUUAUCAGGCUAUUACAUUUCAACACCAAUGAUGUCUGGAGGCAGACCUGUGAGAGUUCGACUUUUAAGCUUAUCCUUAGUCCCCUCUUCACAAGUCUUCUGCCUGAGUUUCUGGUAUCACAUGUAUGGUACAAAUGUGUAUCGUUUGAGCGUUACCAUCACAUACGAUCAGAACACUGAAAGGACGGUUUUCCAGAAAGAAGGAAAUUAUGGAAAUAACUGGAACUAUGGACAAAUAACACUAAAUGAAACAUCUAAUUUUAAAGUUGCUUUUGAUGCCUUUAAAAGACCAGGAUGGGAUGGCAUUGCCCUUGAUGAUAUUGGUCUAAGAAAUGGAGGCUGCAAUGAAACUGUUUAUCCAGAGCCUACUUUGGUCCCCACAGUCCCUACGACCCCUCAGCUGCCCACUGACUGCGGUGGGCCAUUUGAUCUGUGGGAACCAAACACUACAUUUAGUUCCAUGAAUUAUCCUAAUAAUUACCCCAACCUAGCCUCUUGUGUAUGGUAUUUAAAUGCAGAGGAAGGAAAAAAUAUCCAACUUCAUUUCCAGUACCUUGAUCUGGAAAAUAUUAAUGACGUUGUAGAAAUCAGAGAUGGCACAGGAACUGGUUCUUUAUUUUUAGCUGUAUAUACAGGAAAGUCCCCAGUGCCAGAUAUAUUCUCUACGACUCAUCAGAUGACUGUAUUCUUCAUUACUGACGAUUCUGUAACUAAGAAAGGAUUUGCAGCCAAUUUCACUACGGGAUACCAUUUAGGCAUGCCAGAUCCCUGUGGUCCCAAUUAUUAUCAGUGUGGAAGUGGAGAAUGCAUCCCGCUGGUUUACCUUUGUGAUGAAUCACAGCACUGUAAAGAUAAUUCUGAUGAAUCAGACUGUGUGCGCUUGGUCAAUGGUUCUCUCAGCUUCAAUGGAUUGGUCCAGUUCAAGGUUGAGAAUGAAUGGUACACAGCUUGUGCAGAUGAGUGGGCUGAACAAUUGUCAAGCAGUGUCUGUCACUGGUUGGGACUUGGAAGUGUGAAUAGAUCGUAUCCUGUCUUAUUUGAUCAGGCAGGACUUUUUGUGGAGGCUACAAAAGCAGUCAACAACAGUUUAAUACUAACACCCAAGGCAAGUUGUCUCAAUAAUUCAGUGAUUCACCUGCAAUGCAACAAUAAACCAUGUGGGGAAAGGCUGAUUACUCAGGAACAUGGAAUGAAAAUUAUAGGUGGUUCUGAUGCUCCAGAAGGUGCUUGGCCUUGGAUGGUCUCGUUACGUUUCAAUUCCAGGCCAGUUUGUGGAGCAUCUCUUGUCAGCCAUGAAUGGCUGGUCUCUGCUGCACACUGUGUAUAUGGGAGGAAUUUAAAACCAUCUCAGUGGAAAGCUGUACUUGGUUUGCAUAACAAUCUGAAUUUGUCAUAUCCUCAAAUAGUCAUUCAAGAGAUCGAUCAAAUCAUCAUAAAUCCCCAUUACAAUAAGCGAACGAAAGAUAGUGACAUUGCUUUGAUGCAUCUUCAAAUCCGUGUGAAUUACACAGAUUACAUUCAGCCCAUUUGCUUCCCAGAAAAAAACAAACAAUUUUUGCCAGGAACUAAUUGCUCCAUUGCUGGCUGGGGAAGAACUACAAAUCAAGGUUCUGUGGCAAGCAUAUUGCAGGAAGCAGAAGUCCCUCUUAUAACACAUGAGAAAUGCCAGCAAUUGAUGCCAGAGUACAAUAUUACUGAAAAUAUGAUAUGUGCAGGAUACGAUGAAGGAGGAACUGAUUCCUGUCAGGGAGAUUCUGGUGGGCCACUGAUGUGUCAGGAGAAUGAAAGGUGGUUACUGGCUGGCGUGAUAUCCUUUGGCCGUCAGUGUGCUCUGCCAAAUCGUCCCGGCGUUUAUGUGAAAGUUUCGAAAUUUGUCGACUGGAUAAAAAAGACUAUCCAUUAGCACCAUUUUAAAUAUAUAUAUAUGGAAAACUAGAGGGUUAUGUUCAACAAAGCCACUCCAUUAAUUCAAGGAUUUCCACUUGUUCAGAAGAACUUCCACUGCCUCUUCUCCCCCUGUGUUUCCACCCCCCACAAUAAGGAUGUUCUGGGGAAACUUAACAGGACAAGUGUCC